UUUUGUCUGACCUCUCCAUCUCUAGGUUUGUGUUUUCCAAAAAUAAGGUUGCAACCAUCCCUUGUUCAAUCUGUUGUUGCUGGUACUGCUAAAAUACUAAGCAUCUCUGCUAAAGAACACAUGUCAUGUAGUGAAGAAUCUAAACCUACUACUACUGACUACAAAGCUGAUGCAAAAGAGGAAUAUGUCAAAAAGGACACUGUUGAAGGCGUCGAUGUGAAUAAUAUGAUCCAAGUUUGUGACAAGUUAAUUGAGGUCUUUAUGGUAGACAAGCCGACUCCAACUGAUUGGAAGAGGUUAAUAGCAUUUAGCAGGGAGUGGACCAAUAUCAGACCUCACUUUUAUGAACGCUGCCUGGACCGAGCUGACAAAGAGAGUGAUUUUGAGAUGAAACACAAGCUACUUCGGCUCGCAAGGAAGCUGAAAGAGAUUGAUAAUGACAUUCAAAGACAUAAUGAACUUCUCGAGGCCAUAAGAAAUUCUUCUUGCGAGAUUAGUGAGAUUGUUACUCGGCGUCGUAAAGAUUUUACCAAAGAGUUCUUCUUUCAUGUUAACACUCUAGCAGAAUCAUAUUAUGACAAUCCAGAAGAACAAAAUGCUGUGGCCAAGCUGGGAAAUGAUUGUUUGGCAGCUGUGCACGCCUAUGAUACUGAAAAUGAAAGUAUAAAGGCAUUAAAUGCAGCCGAGCUGAAACUGAAAGAUAUAGUAAAUUCGCCUUCUGUGGAUGCUGCAUGCAGGAAAAUAGAUGACCUGGCCAAAAAGAAUCAAAUCGACUCCGCUCUGGCCCUCCUUAUUACCAAAGCUUGGUCAGCUGCCAAGGAGUCGGACAUGACAAAAACUGAGGCAAAAGACAUUAUGUACCAUUUAUACAAAACAGCAAUAGGAAGUAUGCAAAGGCUUAUGCCAAAAGAGAUUAGAAUACUGAAGUACUUGCUCACAAUUGAAGAUCCAGAGCAACACAUCUGUGCUUUGAAAGAUGCUUUCACGCCUGGGGAGGAGCUUGAAGGAAAGGACGUUGAUUUGCUAUAUACGACCCCGGAGCAGCUGUGCAACUGGAUAAAGAUUAUCGCAGAUGCAUAUAACUUGAGCAGAGAAGGGACUCUCUUAAGAGAAGCUAGAGAUUUAAUGAACCCGAAAACCAUCCUAAAACUGGAAGAGUUGAAGAAGUUGAUUCAGGACAAGUUCAUGUAGCAUGAUUAAAUUCUUUUUACUGUCACACACCACAUAAACAAACAGAACUAUGCAUCUUUUGAUGGAGUAUUGGAGUGUACUUGGGGUAUCAAAUUUUGUUGCUGCUUGCUGGAAGGAAUCCUGCCCACGAUGAUGAAAAGGUCUUGCACAGGCUCCCUUCCAUGUCCUCUCCACAUCAAGCUCGUUCCAUGUCCAGAACGAGCAAGCUCCCUUCGAUGUUCCUCCUCCCUGAUCGCUUGCUAUAUUCUAGGAUCUUUUCAAAACCAACAAAAUUUCAUUUACGGAACUGUUAUAACAAAUUUUGAUUGCUGAUGAUAGGAGAAUUCCUUUUUGUCUUCUGCAUGUGAAUGAUUGAAAUUAUUUUGUAUAUGCGGAGUACUAAAAUGAGUAUAGUGUUUAGAACAAUUAUACCUUGGCGAAGCAUUACAAAAUGAGUAUACUAAAAGUAAAUUACUACAACAAAUAAAGUCUUCA